GGAGGAGCACGUGUUUACACUGAGGUGAGACCGAGAGUGUGGAUAGAAGCAUGUCACCGUGUUUUGGAGACGCUACAUUAUAGUGAGCUGAAGGAUUUACUGAGGACUGGCGUUUCCACCUGUGGAAGGACCGAGCAGCCGUCAUGGAGUGCAGUGGGAAGGUGACACCUCAGCUGAUGCUGGCUGUGGGGACAGCUGUGAUUGGCUCUCUGCAGUUUGGGUACAAUACUGGUGUUAUCAACGCUCCUCAGAAUAUCAUUGAGAGCUUCUACAAUGAGACAUGGACUGGCAGGUUUUCAGAGUCCAUCUCUCAGGCCACCCUAACGGCUCUGUGGUCCCUCUCUGUGGCCAUUUUCUCAGUGGGAGGAAUGUUCGGCUCGUUCUCUGUCGGGCUCUUUGUCAACCGCUUUGGCAGGAAGAACUCCAUGCUCGGGGCCAAUGUACUGGUCUUCAUAGCAGCAGCAUUCAUGGGUUUUUCCAAGUUAGCUUCAUCUUUUGAGAUGCUAAUCAUUGGUCGCUUCAUAGUGGGCCUGUACUCCGGCCUCUCUACUGGCUUUGUGCCCAUGUAUGUUGAAGAAAUCUCUCCAACGUCACUCCGCGGUGCAUUAGGUACCCUGCAUCAGCUCGGCGUAGUUAUCGGAAUUCUCAUGGCACAGAUUUUUGGGAUUGAGUCGAUCCUGGGGAACGCCUCCCUGUGGCCCCUGCUGUUGGGCUUCACUGUGCUCCCGGCGGUGCUGCAGUGCGCUCUGUUGCCCAUCUGUCCAGAGAGCCCCCGAUACCUCCUCAUUAACUGCAAUGAAGAGAGCAAAGCCCACAGUGUCUUAGUGAAGCUGCGAGGGACAGAUGAAGUGAAUGAGGACAUACAGGAAAUGAAAGAGGAAAGCCAGAAGAUGAUGAGGGAGAAGACGGUGACCAUCCCAGAGUUGUUCCGAUCUCCCGUCUACCGCCAGCCCAUCUUUGUGGCCAUCAUGCUGCAGCUGUCCCAGCAGCUGUCUGGAAUCAACGCAGUGUUUUACUACUCCACUGGGAUCUUUGAGCGGGCAGGUGUGUCACAGCCCGUCUACGCAACAAUAGGAGCAGGAGUCGUCAAUACCGCCUUCACUGUGGUUUCGUUAUUCGUGGUGGAGCGUAUGGGCAGAAGACCGCUAUACCUCAUUGGUUUGAUGGGAAUGGCGGUGUCAGCUGUUUUUCUAACCACUGCGAUGGCGCUGUUGGACCAGCUCAGGUGGAUGUCGUACGUUAGCAUCGCAGCCAUCUUCAGCUUUGUAGCCUUCUUUGAAAUUGGCCCCGGCCCCAUCCCUUGGUUCAUUGUGGCUGAGCUCUUCAGCCAGGGGCCCCGACCCUCAGCCAUUGCAGUGGCGGGCUUCACAAACUGGUCUGCCAACUUUUUAGUGGGCAUGGGCUUCCAGUAUGUUGAGCAACUGUGUGGUCCGUACGUCUUCAUCAUCUUCACUGUGCUGCUGCUGGGCUUCUUCGUCUUCACAUACUUCAAAGUGCCAGAGACAAAGGGACGCACCUUUGAUGAGAUCGCGGCAGGUUUCCGUCAAGCGGCUGGUCAUGGCGCUGACAAAUACUCCGCUGCUGAAGAGUUCAACACCCUAAGGGGGGACGACCCCGACCUCUGACCUGAGCGCUGCCACAUAUACUCAUAACCAGUACAACAGUAAACCAGAAAACAGAAAUACUAUACUCCAUAGUACUGGCAUAUUCACUCUGAAGUAAUCAGUAGCACAUUUUUCUCAUUUUUGUAACAUACAAAUCUAUGUUCAGCACUUACCAUGUUGGUAACAAUGGCACCAAAUAGAGGUAGACAAUGAACGAACCAUAGUUAGGUAUGAAAUGUGGAAAGAAAAACAGCGAGUGUGUGGAAAGUAAAUAGAAUUUUUCAAAAUACAGUUUUCUGCACA